UAACCAGGAAAGCUUAGAAAUUGUAUUUCUAACAGGGAGGCUUAGGGAUCGGGUAUUGUUGUGCAUAGACAGACAUAGAGAUUUUCACGUUUUUUUUAAUGUAUGAUUUGUAAAGAAAAACAUAAGGAGGAAUCAUUUGUUUGGAGGACGGGGAAGCUUUCUAAAGCUGUCCUCUGGCCAGACCAAAUUACAAAUAGCCUAAGCAUCAAAUCAGUGGUGUUACUUCAUUUCUCUUAUAAAGAUUGCUAGUUAGCUAGCAAGCCAUCUUUAGACUCUGGAGCAGGAAACCGAGGAUAGUAUGGCCAUGACGGGGGGGACGGCCGCCCCCCUUCCCAUGAGCAACCAUACGAGAGAGAGAGUCACGGUGGCCAAACUCACGCUGGAGAACUUCUACAGCACUCUGCUCACACAACAUGAGGAGCGGGAGAUGAGGCAGAAAAAACUGGAGAAGGUCAUGGACGAAGAGGGCCUGCUGGAUGACGAGAAGGUGAUGAGGCGCUCUCAGCAUGCCCGGAAGGAGACAGAGUUCCUGCGGCUCAAGAGGACGAGGCUGGGCCUGGACGACUUCGAAUCCCUCAAAGUCAUCGGCAGAGGGGCCUUUGGAGAAGUGCGCCUAGUUCAGAAAAAGGACACGGGACACAUCUAUGCAAUGAAGAUUUUACGAAAAGCAGACAUGUUGGAGAAAGAACAGGUGGCACACAUCCGAGCAGAAAGGGACAUACUGGUGGAAGCAGAUGGCGCCUGGGUGGUGAAGAUGUUCUACAGCUUCCAGGACAAGAGGAACCUCUACCUCAUUAUGGAGUUCCUCCCUGGAGGUGAUAUGAUGACUUUGCUGAUGAAGAAGGACACGUUGUCUGAAGAGGCUACUCAGUUCUACAUUGGCGAGACCGUGUUGGCCAUCGACUCUAUUCACCAGCUGGGUUUUAUUCAUAGGGACAUCAAACCGGACAACCUCCUGCUUGACUCAAGGGGACAUGUCAAGCUCUCUGACUUUGGCCUCUGCACUGGCCUGAAGAAAGCCCACCGCACUGAAUUCUAUAGGAACCUCACGCACAACCCCCCCAGCGACUUCUCUUUUCAGAACAUGAACUCAAAAAGGAAAGCAGAGACAUGGAAAAAGAACCGGAGGCAGCUGGCAUACUCAACUGUGGGCACUCCAGACUACAUUGCCCCAGAGGUCUUCAUGCAGACAGGGUACAACAAGCUGUGUGACUGGUGGUCCCUGGGUGUCAUCAUGUAUGAGAUGCUCAUCGGCUAUCCGCCCUUCUGCUCCGAGACGCCACAGGAGACCUACAGAAAGGUCAUGAACUGGAAGGAGACUCUGGUCUUCCCGCCCGAGGUGCCCAUUUCCGAGAAAGCCAAGGACCUGAUCCUGAGGUACUGCACCGAUGCAGAGAAUCGGAUUGGAGCCGGGAGCGUGGAGGAGAUUAAGGGCCACCCGUUCUUUGAGACUGUCGACUGGGAGCACAUCAGGGAGAGACCGGCUGCCAUCUCCAUCGAGAUCAAGAGCAUCGAUGACACAUCCAACUUCGAUGACUUCCCAGAAUCCGACAUUCUCCAGCCAGUAACAAAUGCAACAGAGCCUGAUUUUAAGUCCAAAGACUGGGUCUUCUUGAACUACACCUACAAACGCUUUGAGGGCCUGACUCAGCGAGGCACCAUCCCCACCUACAUGAAGGCGGGAAAAGCUUGAUGGACAGACAGACAGGGGGCCGAGCCACACAAAAGGGGAAGUGCUGGAGAAGGAGGGAGAGGUUUCGGGGUCGGGGGCUGGGGGAGCGGGAUAGACACUGUGAGUGCAGCUGCUUUGGGGGAGGCGGGGUGGGGUAGGCAGUGACCUCGAUUCUCCCGUCCACCGAUGCUCAGCUCCUGGCAUUUCUCUGGCAGUCUCACCACAGCCCCCCCCCCCCCCCCAGAUGGCGUGGGUCCAAUUUGAACAUCAGCUCGCCAGCCGAGUGUCACUAUGGCAACAGGAAGUCUAACCCACGCGCGCCGCUCGCUGCAACCUCUGCUCGGAGGAGACGGGACCUCCCACGCGCUCUGCCAACUUGCGCAAGCUCUGAGCAACAACAAAACCAAGGUCUCCCUUAGAACAUGUAGAGUUAGCUGUCUGUACUCUAGUUUAGAACCAAUGAGGUGCUUGGUAGGUGGCUUACUGACUGGUCCACAGGGUCAAAAACACUGUAUCUAAGCUUUCUAUACAGGGUCCUGGCAUAGCCUUAUGUGUUCACCACAGUCUGUAGUUCAGAAUUAUCCUCUUCCCUCGUAUCCAUGUCAUCUUAUGGUGAAAUACCAAGGUUUAAAAGGAGUAGCAACUGUAAAGGGUUUAGGGCUUUAGAGAGGUCAUGAGGACGCAAUGAGGGAGCCACAGAAGAAGACAUCAUUACCCAUGAGCACCUCUCACCCACCAUAUUAUUAACGUAUAAUUCAUAGUUCUCUUUCUGGGAAUACUUGGCUGCACUACUCACAUGAACACCUGAGAGAUGUUGCAGAAAAGCUGAGUGUUUGAGUGACUUGAUGCUCUUAAAGGCAUUUAGUGUUUUCUGACAAGGUAAAUGUGGGGGGUAAAAACAAUGCUUGUGAUAUCUAACCUUAGUGGCAGUUCACAGGGUCAGUCCCAUUAGUCUGCUAAUGCUCUACAAUCAUGAUUGGUCUCUAGAGGGCAAAUGCUUUGUGUCUUAAACAUUAAAAGCAAACAAGAAGAAGAAAAAAUGAACACACUGAACUCGGUUACAUGCAGCUUUCCAUGCCAUGUGCACUUAAAACCAGUGAUGAAAACCUAAAAAAGGCAAACACCAUGGUAAUGCAGACAACACAAUCCUCAACACCAAAUCAGUCUUUUUAUACCAUGAAUUAUUGAAAUUGCACAGCAAUAUUCUUAGAGUGAGUACCUCUUUAAAGAAUCUUUUCAAGGUAAAAGAUUCAUCCCCAGAUGAAACUAGAGAAGU